UAUAAAGUAAUUCUACGUGUAUGUAUAAUUAUCUGUCUGAAAUUGUCAAAUUUAGAAAAAUAAUUUGACAGGAAUCUAGUGGGAAAUUAACCAGAGAGGCUUUCUAAUGGGAAACCAGAGAAGCUUUCAGCCCAGUCUCUCUCCACUCCCCGGCUCUAACACGUCCCAAGUCAAAGUCUACAACUCCCCACCUUUGCUUCCUCUACAUUAGACUUCACUUGUAUUGGACGGCAAGCUUCAGCGGUCACUCUGCCUGCAGCUUCCUCUCUAUUUCUCACUUCAUCUAUAUUUUGCUUAAAUAACCAUUAACCAUAAUAAAGUUAUACACUUAAGCCAUUUAUAUAUAUGUAGAGCUUUUGCCAAAAGAUCAAAGAAAUUGGAGGAAGUAUAUGCAUGGCGGGUGCAAAGGGGGGACGAUCUCUGGAGCAAACGGCAACUUGGGCAGUAGCUACUGUGUGUUUUGUGUUGGUUGUAGUUUCUAUCAUCGUUGAACAUAUUAUUCACUUAAUUGCGAAGUGGUUAAAAAGGAGACAAAAAAGAGCCCUUUAUGAAGCCCUUGAAAAGAUAAAAUCAGAGCUUAUGCUAUUGGGGUUCAUAUCCUUGCUCCUAUCAGUCUUACAAGGACCCAUUUCGAAUAUAUGUAUAUCAAAGGCAGUCGGGGCGACAUGGCAUCCAUGUAAUAAAAGGCAAGAGUCGAAAAACAACACUAAAUCCUACAACAAUGGCCACCGAAGGCUUCUAACGAUUUCAGAUUUAGAUGGCGGCGGUAGCACUCGACGUGUUUUGGCCGCCGCGGGAUACGACAAAUGUGCAAAAAAGGGAAAAGUUCCGUUGGUUUCAACAGAAGGAAUCCACCAACUCCAUAUCUUCGUCUUUGUGCUUGCAGUCUUCCACGUGCUUUAUUGUGUAACAACUCUGGCUUUGGGCAAAGCAAAGAUGAGAAGGUGGAAGGCGUGGGAAAUGGAAACGAGGACAGCUGACUAUCAGUUCUCACAUGACCCAGAGAGAUUUAGAUUUACCAGGGACACAUCGUUUGGACGAAGGCACUUGAGGUUUUGGAGUCGCUCAUCCGUUCUCCUAUGGAUAAUUUGUUUCUUCAGACAGUUUGUUAGGUCAGUCCCGAAGGUGGAUUACUUGACCCUGCGCCAUGGAUUCAUUAUUGCACAUCUGGCACCUCAGAGUCAAACAAUGUUUAACUUCCAGCAGUACAUCAAGAGGUCACUUGAAGAGGAUUUUAAAGUUGUUGUUGGGAUCAGCCCGGUGACCUGGUUUUUUGCCAUAUUGUUUUUGCUCUCUAAUACUCAUGGCUCGUAUUCUUAUCUAUGGCUGCCCUUCAUCCCACUGAUUAUAAUCUUAUUGGUGGGGACGAAGCUACAGUUCAUCAUAACCAAGAUGGGUCUCAGAUUUCAAGAGAAAGGCGAGGUGGUCAAAGGAACCCCGCUGGUUCAGCCGGGCGAUGACCUUUUCUGGUUCAAUCGCCCUCGCCUUACUCUUCAUCUUAUCCAUUUUGUUCUCUUUCAGAAUGCCUUUCAGCUUGCCUUCUAUGCGUGGACUUUGCUUGUAUUUGGCUUAAAGUCUUGCUUCCAUGACAAGUUGAAAGAUGUGAUCAUCAGGAUAUCCAUGGGAGUCCUCAUACAGAUACUAUGCAGCUAUGUCACUCUUCCUCUAUAUGCCCUGGUAACACAGAUGGGUUCUUCCAUGAAGCCCACAAUCUUCAACGAUAGGGUGGUAAAUGCACUACGAAAGUGGCACCACACAGCAAAGAAGCGCAUAAAACAGAACCGACAUUCAUCGGCAAGUACUCCGGCGGCUGGGUCGUCCCCUGUCCAUCUCCUGCGUGCCUACAAGGGUGAUCUUGACAGCAUUCCUCCUACAUCGCCGAGGAUGUCCAGUCUGAAUAUUGAAGAUCGCGAGAUGGGCCCCUCUCGUAAUUCUCCCUCAAACCGCCAUAACCGUGGACAAGAAGAGAGGGGUGCUCAUGGAAUUGAAAUUCACUCAACAAAUUUCUCAUUUAGAACAGAUGGAUGAAUUAAAAUAGUGCUGAUGAGCAAACAAGCUAAAAAGGCGAGGAGAGGAUAAGAGACUGAAAGACUAACGGAUUUAAAACCAGGUGACAAUCACCAGCCUCUGGCAACAUGUAGUGACCACAAAACCUCCACGAAGCUGUUGAUGUGGCCAAUCUCCGUUAGAAUAUAUGGAUUUUUCAUGUUGGGUUUGAUUUAUUUUUGUUAUUAAAGUAUUUACCAAA